UGAAAAAAUGAAAAGUUACGCUUUUUUUGGGGGAUUUCGGUUGUGGCAGUUGCAGGUGGUAACGUUCAAGCUUCAACGGUAAAGAGGGCAAGAACUAUGGCUACUGAGUCAGCAAUGAAGGCUCCUUUCACCAAAUAUGUUGAAUAUCUCAAUGACCUUAAUGAGAAACGAGAAAGAGUGGUUAAAGCAAGUCGUGACGUAACAAUGAACAGCAAAAAAGUCAUAUUUCAAGUUCACAGGAUGAGUAAGUAUAAUAAAGAGGAAGUACUUCAGAAAGCUGAAAAGGAUCUAGCAGCAGUGACAAAUCAGUACAUGUCUCGAUUAGUCAAAGAAUUGCAGGGUACCGAUUUUUGGAAGCUACGACGAGCAUACUCACCUGGGAUACAAGAGUAUGUUGAAGCAGCUACUUUCUGCGGUUUCUGUAAAAAUGGAACGCUUUUGACGCUUGACGAGAUAAACAACACAUUGUUACCACUUAGUGAUCCAUCACUUCAGCCUCUACAAAUAAAUAUCCUUGACUAUCUAUUAGGGCUUGCAGAUUUGACUGGAGAACUGAUGCGUCUGGCUAUCGGUAGGAUAUCAGAUGGUGAGCUUGAAUUCGCUCAGAAGAUAUGCAGAUUUGCACGUGAUAUAUACAGGGAGCUUACGCUUGUAGUGCCACAUAUGGAUGAUAGUCAUGAUAUGAAGACAAAGAUGGAAAUAAUGCUCCAAAGUGUCAUGAAAAUAGAGAAUGCUUGCUUUAGUGUUCAUGUGAGAGGAUCAGAGUAUAUUCCACUCCUUGGAUCCGAUGAUCCGGGUUCUUUCUUAGUUGGAGUCGCAGAUAUCGAACUAUGAGGUUGAUAUCACUGCACUAAAUCAAUAUCAACAAUAUCGGCAAGGAAAUUUUGCACUUUGUUCUCAUCAAACAUGGCACGAACAGUUGCGCCAUUUUAUUGGUAAAGUUUGAGCUGACCGCAUAAUCUUAGGGUUAGCUUGUACUAGAUAUUUUGAGAUUAAAGAAAUCAUUGACAGGAAGUUUGAAUUAUGCAAUGAUAUUAACAUCCAUGUUCCUUUCUACUUUAUCACAAAAUCUAGUAGCUAUACAUCAUUGUGUCUAUGUCUUCGUUUUGGCAUUUAAUCCAUAUAACUAACUAAUUAAGCAUAAAUUAGCCAUU